AGGGAACAGACAGGACGGCGGCAGAGAAGGCCACUGGGCAGUGGGAGAGAUGGCGACGGGCGCGGAUGUGCGGGACAUCCUGGAGCUGGGUGGUGUGGAGUCGGAGAACACGGGCACCAUCAACAAAAAAGAUAUCAUCAACUCAGAUAAGAAAAAAUCCAAGAAAUCUUCAGAGACAUUGACGUUUAAGAGGCCAGAAGGAAUGCACAGAGAAGUUUAUGCACUCCUCUACUCUGACAAAAAGGAUGCGCCUCCACUGCUGCCAAGUGAUACAACUCAGGGUUAUCGAACAGUCAAAGCAAAACUGGGAUCCAAGAAAGUCCGGCCUUGGAAGUGGAUGCCUUUCACCAAUCCAGCAAGAAAAGAUGGAGCAAUGUUCUACCACUGGAGGAGAGCAGCAGAGGAAGGGAAAGACUACCCUUUUGCCAGGUUCAAUAAGACAGUGCAGGUACCUGUCUACUCAGAGCAGGAAUACCAGAUGUAUCUCCAUGAUGAUGCGUGGACCAAAGCUGAGACAGACCAUCUCUUUGACCUGGCUCGGCGUUUUGAUCUGCGCUUUGUGGUGAUUCACGACCGCUACGAUCACCAGCAGUUCAAGAAAAGAUCAGUGGAGGACUUGAAGGAAAGGUAUUAUCACAUCUGUGCCAAGCUGGCUAAUAUUCGUGCAGCUCCAGGCACAGACCUGAAAAUCCCAGUGUUUGAUGCUGGCCAUGAGAGGCGAAGGAAGGAACAACUGGAAAGGCUGUACAAUAGAACACCAGAGCAGGUGGCAGAAGAAGAAUACCUCAUCCAGGAGCUCCGCAAAAUCGAAACCAGGAAGAAAGAGAGAGAGAAGAGAACUCAAGACCUGCAGAAGCUCAUCACAGCUGCUGACACCACCACUGAGCAGAGACGUGCCGAACGCAAGGCUCCCAAGAAGAAGCUGCCACAGAAGAAGGAGACAGAAAAGCCUGCUGUUCCUGAGACUGCUGGCAUCAAGUUUCCUGACUUCAAAUCUGCAGGUGUCACACUACGAAGCCAGAGGAUGAAACUGCCAAGCUCGGUGGGACAGAAGAAGAUUAAAGCCCUGGAGCAGAUGCUGAUGGAACUCGGAGUAGAUCUCAAUCCAAUGCCCACGGAGGAGAUUGUGCAGAUGUUCAACGAGCUGCGGAGUGACCUGGUGCUGCUCUAUGAGCUGAAACAAGCCUUUGCCAACUGCGAAUAUGAGCUGCAGAUGUUACGGCACCGCUAUGAGGCCCUGGCCAAAGCUGGUAGUAUUGGUCCCCUCACUGCAGAAGGUGCCCAUCCAGAUGGCCAGGCAGGGCUCGGCAUCGAAGAGGUCAAGGGAGAUACCAAGGACCAGAUCAUUGAUGUAGUAGGAGCACCACUGACCCCCAACUCGGUGAGAAGGAAGGUUGUGGCGGCAGAACAGGGAGCACUCAGGUCUCCGACGCAGAUGCCCUGA